AUGGAUAAGGUCCAGUUGAUUAGGCAGAGAUUGCUCAUGGCUCAAAGAAGGCAUAAGUCUUAUGCGGAUAAGAGAAGAAAAGAUCUAGUGUUCACAAUUGAAGACAAAGUCUUUUUACGAGUUUAUCUUAUGAAAGGUGUGAUGCGGCUCGACAAAAGAGUGUUCCAUGUUUCUAUGUUGAGGAAGUAUAUAUCAGGCUCCUCUCAUGUACUUGAGGAAAUGACUAUACCAAUUGAUGAGGAAUUAUCAUAUGAAGAGGACGAUGUGGCUAUUAUGGACAAACAAGUAAGAAGGUUAAUGUUAAAGGAAAUUGUGUCCGUGAAGGUCUUAUGGAGGAACCAUACCAUUGAAGAAGUUACUUGGGAGUUUGGAAAGGAGAUGCGAGACAAUGGUAUUGGAUUCUCUGUAAAUAUGCUGGCAUUGAAAGAACUCCAGUAA